GUCCCUUUUGCAACAAUAUGCUAAUAUAGGUUUAUGGCAACGAUACGCCUACUUUCGUUUUGCGUAGCAUAUUUCUGAGAAAAUGAAAAUCUUGCAUAUAAAAGAAGUGAGGUGUACUUAUCAAGGUUGAAAGUUAAAUACUCGAUAUGGCAAGUAAAAAGCUGGAAAAGCAGAAGUCUGUCAAGCUGUCGAUUGACGACACAACACCACUGAUUUGUGUUGUUGAAAGUGGAGAGAAAAUUCAAGAUCAUGUGGAGUAUACACUUAAAGUUCAAAGAGGUAUUGCAUCUGACCUUUGCUGGAUGCAGAAGAAGAGAUAUUCGGACUUUACAACACUUGAUAAUGAUUUGAGAAUUUCCAACAUCAAUUUACCCCUACCUCCAAAGAAAGUUUUUGGUAAUUUUGACAGGGAGUUUGUUGCAGAACGGAAGUUAGGAUUACAGACAUAUAUGACUGCUGUACUGAGCAAACCAAUUCUGGCCAAUAGUUUACCUGUGAAAAGGUUUCUUGAUCCUGAGAAUUACGCAGUGAACUUUACAGAGAUAGCAUUACAACAUGUUUCUAUGGUGUUGAGGUCAGAGAAACAGUGGGAAGUGGUUGAACCAUUACCAGAAAUAGGUUGGAGGAUAAGAAAGGAGUAUAUUCUAGUCAAGCCGGUAGCCAGUUCUAAAACAAGACAGAUGUUAUCUUGGGUAGAGUAUGGUCCAGACAGAUAUCUACCAGAUAAGGAACUCAGUGCUCUCAUGACUGUUCUUCAGAAUAUCAAGCACCCAUAUAUAGAAACACCUAUUUUAUCAACAUCCAAUGAAAGUGGAGGACUUGUGAUAAGACCCUUCAAUGAAAGGGGAACUUUAAGAGACUACAUAUGUAAAUGCAAACCAAAGGGACAGUUUCUGAAAAAAUACGCCAAUCCUUUAAAAUUGACAAGUUUAGAUGAACAAAUGAUUAAAGUGAUCAGCAAGCAGAUUUUAGAGACACUAAGUUUAUUACAUGAAAAAGGCCUGCCUUAUGGUCACUUACAUAGUGGGAACAUUCUGAUAGACAAAAAUUGUUGUAAACUCUUAGACAUUGAAAAUUGGUUGUUAGGUUUGCCGUCCUAUUAUAGACAGAAUAUUCUACAGUUCAAAAAAAUUCAAACUACAGAAAUGAUGGAUGUAUAUUGUUUUGGUUGUGUUUUAUAUGAAAUGACAUUUGCUUGUGAGGUACCAGCUGAAAGCUGUGACGAUUUCCCGCCACAAUGUCCUGCUCAGCUUAGAUCAGUGCUUGAAUCAAUACUCACUACAGAGGCAUGUAAAAAUGGUCUGCCUACAGUACAGAAUCUUCUUAUGCAUCCAUUCUUCGCAGAUGUCUCAUUACCAGCUGGGGAGAAACCAUUCCUGAAGAUACCCAGUAAACUGAAGGAGCCACUCAGACAAGCAAAGGAGGAAUUUGAAAGAAGAAUUAAAGAGGAACAAAAGGCUAUAUACAAAAAGAAGCGGGUAUCAAGGGCAAAACAGUACCAUAUGUCUGAGGAUGUGAAAAAGGAAAGACGAAAAUCAAAAAAGAAAGCACUGGAGAAUGGUGAUGUAAACAAGACAGAGAAUUCAGAACCUACAACUACGCCUGCCCCAACCCCAACUGCUCCAGCAGCUCCUGCAGCACCCCCUGCCCCACCACCCCCAGGAGCAACUCCACCUCCUCCACCACCACCAGGCAUGGGGGCACCAGUCCCACCUCCUCCACCACCUGGUGCUGCACCACCACCACCAGCCCCACCCCCAUCAUCAGCAGGGAGAGGGGCUCUACUCAGCUCUAUCACAGGAUUUUCCAAGUCUGGAUUGAAGAAAGCUGUCACAGUGGACAAAAGUGGGCCAAAACUCUGAAAAUUGGGAAAGAAAAAAAAUACUCGGACAUUAUUUACAAUGCAUUUAUGAAGUGCAGUAAUAUUAGGGGAGGCCUGCGGUGCAUAUGUGUGCUGUAUUGAUAAAAGGGGCCAUAAUAUUUUAACUAUCAUGGAUGAUGUAGAUGCAGUGUUUUUGAAAAACUUUUUAAUUACAUAAAUUUUGUCAAUUUAACAAAACAUAUCAUGAACUAAAUACUAAGUCCUAGUAGCCAUAAGCAUGGUUACAUCCAUUUUCUGCCGUUCUGAGUGAAAUGAAAAUAUUGAUGGAAAUGAAUGGCUUGAGUUUCACUGUAUUUUAUUUAAGAGAAACAGAUAAAAAUGAUUUAGUUCUAUGUUUUUUUGCUAUAAAAGCCCUUGUUUGACAAUAUGCCAAAUUGCAAGCAUGACAAAUACACAUACUUGACAAUAUGUGAAGAUGUGACAGAUUGUCCUGUAAAAAAAUUGACCAUUGAAACCUAGCCCUCUUGUCUUUAAUAUCUUUUGAUAAAAUGAAGAACUGUCAGUGUAAAGUUAACUAAAAAAAAAAUGCAUUUCCUGACUGCCCUUAUUUGUGUCAAAAGUAGUGAAAUCAUGAAAAUCAAGCAUGCAUCUUGAAAUUACUUAAUUGCCCUAAUAUUGCCAGCUAGAAGUGAUUUAAUUUUUCAUGCCCUAUUUAACAAAGAAAGAUUUGAUUUAUAAGUUUGCAUACAGCACAUGGAUGAAUGAUGUGACAUAUAUAGUAUGGGUUUUGUCAGACAUGACACAUUGUCAACUAAAUUAUUUAUAUUGUAAUUGUCAUUAUGUAAGAUAGAUCAUUGUUAUAACUGAUGUAUCUUAUGCAGUAAUAUUAUUAGGGUCUGAAUAUAUUUUGUUAGGCUUGUUAAUUAAGAACAAUAUGGUAAUGGAACAAACUCAGUCAUUCUGUUUUAAAACUACUUGCCCACAGUUUGGAUGAAAUUUUUCAAAAUGUUUAUUUCCACCAAGUUUGGCAUAGACUGUAUAUAUGACACUGAAAAAUGAUAAAGCAGGUUAGAUAUUGGUAAAAAUGCAAGAAGAAUGUAAAUGUUCUGCAUUAUUUCAAAAGUGUCACAAUGGUUUACUACCUUCUGCACAAUAUUUUUGGUUAUUUAUAAGAAUGUCUUGCAAAAAUCUUACGUCAAUAAGUUUGUUCCAGUAGUCAUUUUCAGAUUAAUCACUUUUUUAUAGAUUUUUGAGAGAAUUUAUUUUUUGCCUAAAAUAUGUGGUUUAGUCCCUUUAAUCGUAGGUCCUUAUUCAGAAAAUUUUUGAGUCUAAAUUUUUAUUAUUUGACUGAAUUUUAGUUUGCUAAUGUUUCUGUAGCAUUGACAUAUAUUGUGGCAUAUCAACAACAAAGUAUUGUAACUGCGUAUAGGUAAAGAAGCAUAUACUGAUAUUUUAGUGAUUAAUGGUGCAUUUACAUGUUAUAAUGUUUGUAAAUAUUCUUAUGUUUGUGGUUAGAAUGAAGAUAGAAGGUUUUUAUGGGCAAAAUACUGGGUGUGUGGAAUAUUUUCUUUCAUAUUUAGUAUGCAAAAUAUGUUUAUGCCUAUUUUGAAAUUGAAUUUUGUGCAAUAUUUGUGUUGUUUUAAUCUAGCGUUAGUCUAAUCUUUAUGUUUUGUUCCAUUUUGUUUUAUUUACAUUGUGUCCUUAAACCAAGAAAUUGCAAUGUGAAAGUAAAGCAUCCUUUUGUUUCAUAUUGGUUUUUCAAAAAGAACUUUUGUCGUGUAUACCAUUUCACAUUGAAAGACCAUUGAGACUGUUAACACUUAUCAUGCUGGACACGAUUGAUUCUGCCUUUGCGACCAGUGUAGAUUAUGAUCAGCCUGCACAUUUGUGCAGUCUGAUCAUGAUCUGCACUGUUAGCCAUUCAAUCAGUUUUUUUUUGAUAAGUACCUCUUUUAACAGUUAAUGAUACUGUCCAAAUUGAAAGAUGGACAAGUUCAUUAUAGAAAUUGAGCAGGAUAAGGGUUAAUAGAGAGGUAGCCAUUUCCUACGUGUAUGUGUACAGUAUAUGUGUAUACAUAUGUGUAGUAAAUUCCAAGGACAUAACAAUAAGCAUCUGCUGUUAUUGUUCAAAAACUUUAACCAAAUUGCUGACUACAGGUAAAUCUACAAAACAUGUUGAAAACCUGUGAGUAUGCUAAGACAGGUACACAGACACUUUCCUCUGCCACUGCCAACUGUUAGCCAGUAUUUUUUAGCAUUUUAACACAUACCAAAUAUAGGUGACAAUCAUAAAACAGGUUUUAUUACAAUUUCAGCAUGUUUUAGAAAUGCACUUUUUUACCAUCAUGCUCUGUUAAAGUAAAGACUGGCAUCACAUGCACUCAGCUUAAAACUACUGGCUAACCAUUGGCAGGGGCAGAGGAUGGUGGGGAGGGGUCCUGACCUCAAGUGUCUGUGUACAGGUAUAGUUGAAUAUGUUCUGAAUUUGGACAACGUAUACACUUACGAAAAUAAGGAAUGAAAUGUUAGCCAUGUUCGUACAAGUAUGACAUUGCUACCCCACUAAUAUUUCACCUUUCACUGGUGUAUAAUUUUUAAGGUCACAUAUUUGUUUCAAUCAUUUUGUGAAUCAUAGAUUACCUCAAGAUAUUUAAGCAACUUUAGUUAUAUUAUUGCUUAAAGUUGUUUGAAGAUGAAUUGCAAUGUAAUCACUCAUAUUUGUUUAGUGUAAUGUUGUUUUAUCUAAAAUUAAUAUCAUUAUGACAUUUUUCUUUAAUUAUAUUUUGAUGGUUUUACUACUUACUUGCUUUGAUAUGACUGUCUGGUAUGUGAGUAAUUUUAGGUUCUGAUCUUGAUAACAGCAUUUCAUUUAUAUUAUACUAAAUUAAUUUAUAUUACACAGUUACAGACCUAUUCUGAGGUGUAUAUACUUUCUCUUACCUGUAACAUGAUGCUCAUUCUCAAUAGGUAACACUCAUAGAGGAUGGGCCAUAUGUUCAGCUAUUCUUGGAAUAGGAGUUCUUAAAGGGUCACUGUCUAUAUGAACAUUAUAAUAAAAAUAUGGGUUUUUUUUCUUUGUCUCAGCUGCCAGUUAUCACAUAAGAAAAAGUAAAAUGUAUGGGAAGCUUUGAAUUACAAAUCCAAUGGUUGGUUGGUCUAUAUGAGACAAAGUUUAUGAUAGGUUUAAGGUAGUUCUGCAUGUUUGAUUAAAUGGAAAUAAUGACAUAACAUGAGUUAUCCGGGAAAAUCCAGAAUAAUACCUGGUAGCCAUUACACAUUAAUGUUUUGGGGAAUUUAUUAUUUUCCAUGUGUUAAGUGUGAAAUAGUGGUACUGUCAUUCUUAAGGUUGAUAUUGUCAAGAGGUAGGUUUUAAUGUAAAAUUAUUUGAGCCAUGCCAUGGGAAAACCAACAUAGUGGGUGUGUGACCAGCAUGGAUCUAGACCAGCCUGCGCAUCCGCGCAGUCUGGUCAGGCUCCAUGCUGUUCGCUUUUAAAGCCUAUUGGAAUUGGAGAAACUGUUAGCAAACAGCAUGGAGCCUGACCAGACUGCGCGGAUGCGCAGGCUGGUCUGGAUCCAUGCUGGUCGCACACCCACUAUGUUGGUUUUCCCAUGGCACGGCUCAUUUGAGGUAAUAACAAAAGUAGCAAUGUGAGGGCUCUAGUUGAUAUAUGAUGAAUUGUAAAAAAAGCUCAAGGACAUAUACAAUUUAUUUGGCAGUAUGAUUGUUAUAAAUGUAUAGUUAAAAGGUUUUAUUAAAAUCUACAUUGUGGAAUUUCUCCUGUAUGCGAAAAUGUCCUCAAAAGUGAUGAAAGCUUCCUAUAGAAGCCCAUUUUGAAAACUUAACGGAGGACCAAUAUUUUCUUAUUGGUUUUACAAAAGGUAAGGGACAAAACCCCAUCUUUUUUAUUGGCUGAAUUUCUUUCUGAUAUAUGCAGUGAUCUUUUGAAAAAAUAUUAAGAUAUGGUUUACUAAAAGUCUAUAUUGUAGAACAAUAUUUGUUCUACUUUAAAUCAUGUAUCUUUUACCACUGAUUUUUGUAAGGAAGAUGUCGGUAUCUUUUAGGGUAACCUUGGUUAUUAUACAAAAGUUAAUGAUAAUUUAUGAUAAUUUUAUGAUAAACACAUUCAGGGUUACUUUACAUACAUACAUACACACACACACACUCAAUCAUGCAUGCAGCCAAAAGUAGGCACUGGACCAACAACCACUGUAAACUGGUCUGGGUUACCAUUAUAGAAACAGCAAUUGAAUAAAAAAGACAUAAAAAGCUUUGAAGCGUAAUAUGACAAAGAUGUAUUAAAUGUCAAAUUUGCAAAUGAAAAGGUAUCCAGCUGACUUCAAUAUUUUGUUCCCUACUGUAUACUACAACUGUCUCAGCAGAACUGAAUGGUAAAUAUGUCAUGUUUUCACCUACAUAUACAUUUACCUUUCAAUACAUUGAAACGGGUAUGGAUUAAAUACUUUACUAGAUAUAGGAUAGGUUGAGAAAAUGAUCCUCCUAGUGUUGUAGGUGGACAAGCUUUUGUACAUUGCUGCGUGAAAUUCAUUUUGAAACUCAAAAAUUAUAAUUAAGUGUUUUGUACUCAAAACCUACAUUAAUUUCUUAAUUGACAACGUUCAUAUGCUACCAUUCAUUUAUGACUAGGCAACACGCAAGUAAAUGCUAGAUAUCAUAUCAUAUCUUAACUUAAGAAAGAUAGUAACAUUACUGCUGUAAUAAAUUUACCCAUAAGUUGCCAUUAAUUAAUAAAAUGAUUUUCUUUGCAGUACAUAAAUUUGAGGCUUUAUUCUAUGUUUUCCAGAUAUAUGUUGUUAUGUCAUUAUUUAGGGUUUAUCAAAAAUGUAGACCCACCUUAAUAGAAAUAUAUUUGCAUAUAACAUUCUGAAAUCAAUAUUAAGAUAACCUUUUCAAACUAUUUAUAUAUGCAUACAUAAAAUUAAAGGGAGUUUUUUCCAAAAAAAGUUUUGAAGUAUUUACUGCACUCCUAUUAUCAAAAUUUACAUAUUGCAUUUUGUAUUGAAACAUGUUUCACAACAUAUCAAAUGACAGUAGGUUUGCAUCUUAGCUUUGCAUACCAAUAGAAGGAAUUUUUAGUUCACAGAUGCCAAAUUUCUAUACAGCUUUGUAUAAAUACAGGUUUAGCUUAUUUGCUUGCAUCUGUAAAAUUUGAUAUCUGUUAAGAUAAAAAUAUAUUCAAAUGAAUUUGUGUUUAUGUAAUGAAAAUGACGUCAAGUUUGGUGCUGGUAUUGUGUACAUGUUGUUUAUUUAGUUAUGGUUUUAUGUUAACAGGCAUAUGUCUGUCUGUCUUUCUGUCUGUGAGAACCUCUGUCUGUAUGUCUGUCUGUCUAUCAAUAGUUGGCUUGUGGACUAGUUAACAACAAAAUCAUAUCUUGAAAACAGAAAAAAAAAUAUACCUUGCCUUACCAAUUCAAGGGUGAAGUGAUCAAUUUAGACAAAAUAUUUUGUUUAUUUCUAAAGUAUUCAUGCAUGUUACUUAUUUUCUCAUAAAAUCUGUCAAACACCCAUUAAGAUGGUAUAUGCUUUAGCAAAAAAAAUAACUGUUAGUUAAGUCAAGGAGUGGGAAUUAUUUCUGGGUGAUCUUUAAAAACUUCAGAAAUGAAGGACCUACAGAUUUUUAACAAAGGGUUCACUAUGCCCAUUUCAUAUGAGAAAAAAAAAACAAAAAAAAAACAAUUAGGCCCUACACAAUAUUUAUGUAAAAAUAAAAUAAACACGUCUGCUUGUAAAACAGUAGUGUGUGCUAGGUAAAUAAAUAGUACACAGUAAAUGUAGAGAAGUUAACACAGUCUGAAUGUAUACCAGUUGAAAAACAAAAAAAGAAAAGUUUUUUUACACAUGCCAUUUAAUUUCAAAUGCUGCUCUACAUAGAUUUUAUUAAGAUUAAAUAGAUUCUACAUUUGGAUAAUGUAGAAUAAAGCCUGAAUUAGGUAUAUAUGAAAUGAAGAUUGUUUCAUGAAUUAUUAAUGGUAACCUUUGAGUAAAUUUAUGAUAAAGGCAAUUUUACUAUCUUUCUAAAUUAAACAUUUGAUAAGUUAAAUAAUUCCAAAUAAUAUCUUAAAAUCAGUGUAUAAUAUGGGAAUCUUUUUAUUUUUGGGAAAUAUCUAAUAAAAAGUUUCAUUAAAAUCUAAGUAGUAGAAAACUUUUUUUUCAAGAAAUGUUAUAACUAUAGAUGCCUGUUAUGGAAACAGUAUCUAACAAUAGAAUGUUUCACUGAGAUUUAAGCAUAGUAUAAUGUUUUAAAGUAUAUUGGUACCUGCUUAAUUGUAAGUAAAACAGUAACUGUUUUUUUAUUUCACUUUAACCAACAUCCUGAGAUUACACCCGCAGCAAAUACCAUGUAACAUUUUACCAGAGUCAUUAUGUAAAUUACUGAUUGAGAUAAAUUGUGAAACAUUGAAGGUAUAAUUAUGUGGUAGGUGGUCUAGAGUCAUGCGAGUUAGGAUGGCUGUGUUUAAAUGUAUUCAAGAUGGACAAUUGUCAUUAGAGGGUAAAGAAUAAGUGAAGUAUAUGAGACAGGCAACAUAUACAUAUUUUGUAUGACUAACAAUUCUUAUGAAGAUGGACUAUACUACAUUACAAUCUAGACAAGGCAUUAUUGUUAUUAUAUUUUUAUUGUUUCUUUACUGUGAAGUCAUUACUUUUUCUUAAAAACUAGUUAUCUUGCUUAUUUAAACCCCAAAAUGUGUAGUAUUCCCAUUUGUAUUUUUUAAAUUCACCAAUUCACAUCACCAAGAAACUUCCAUUUUGGCCAGAGCAACAACAUUUUAUUCCAGCAAAGUAAAGGAUUUCACAGUAUGUUCAUUUGUCUUACUGUAUAUGAAUAGUUGUGCCAUGAUUUAAAUAGAACAUACACAAUUUUCUGUUGUUAAUACUUGUUUUGUUCCAUAAUGAUAUUUUAGACAGAAGAUUUUUUUAUGAAAUCUA